GCUGUUCCAGGCCGGGCGGAUGAGUACGUUGUGAGCCUCCGUAGUCUUCCGCCGCCCCCUCCUAACUAUGAUUCGGUUGUCUUCAGAAUCAACCCGACAUCCGAAUCCGAACCUAGUGACGCAAGCAGUGGUCAAAGGCUUAAUAACCGUGAACAGCCAUUGGGAUGAAGGAUCCCGUUGCGAACUUGACCAGACACCACAUCCAAAUACCCCACCGCAAUGGCGAGACCACGGAUGCCGGAGGGCCUCGCACAACGGACAAACAUCCGUUCGCCGUGGAAGGCUCCACAGUGGACGGAUGGCUCGUCUGUUUCCAAAGAGCACGCCCUCGCGUAUAUAAGGGCUGGUAGUUUGCCCGUCUGCCAUCAUCCGUUCCAAGUCCAGCAGACUGUAACUUCACACUACUAGCAUCACUCGUGCACAUGUCAGCUCAGUUCUUCAUGUCUGACGCUGAAUUGUCUACCUUGUACUGCGCGCUUUGCGACCAGUACUUCAUCGACGAGGCUGCCUGUGCUGCGCAUGUCCAGCACUCGUCGAACCACCCUUUGUGCGGACCCUGUGGCAUCCGCUUCGCGAACGGCCAUUGGCGCCGCCAGCAUUGGUGCAACUCCCCUAGGCACCACUACUGUGCGGCCUGCGAGGUCGAAUUCCAGACCGCCGCUGGUCUCCGAGUGCAUAUCGAGUACGCGGCAGUCCACCGCGACGACUCCGAUGACGAUGACGACGAUGACGAUGACGACAACGAUACCGUCUUCGCCGAUAGUCCCGGAUGGGAGGACGCCCUUGGCCAGCGGAUGUUCCCCGAGGACGUCGAGCAGCUCGCGGACGAUGAUUUCGACGUCUCGGAGCCGCGCCCCUUCACCAUGCCCACUCCGGAAGAGCUCUGGGCCGAGGACGACGAGCUCGACUUCGAUGAGGAGUGCGAGUACCUUGGCUAUACCAGUGCAGGCCCGCCUAACAGCGCAACGACGGAUGCUAGCUAUCCAUCGACGGUACUGGUGAGCGGUACCCCGGCGCACGAGUGCGCGGCGGAGAGAGCUGCCCAUGACGCGGAGGAAGCUAGGCGCAUAGCAGAAGGCAUCGAAGCUGAGGCAGCGCCCGCGCCUUCCGGCGUUGUCUUCAACUGUCCACUCUGCCUCGAAGCACCGGAAGAGGCCAGUGCGACCCGCUGUGGCCAUGUAUUCUGCUCGCCAUGCAUCCGGUCGGCGCUGAACGUAAAGAGCAGUUGCCCCGUCUGUCGUACGCCUUCCGUGCCUCUUCAGCUUAGGAAGCUGUACCUCUCUGCCAAUUAGAUAAUAUGAUGUGUUUGCUGCGGGCAGCAUAAAUGAACACCAUCUGUACUAUCAGUGCUAUAUACUAAAUGCAUCGAACGUUAAUAAUAAAUAUGACUUUGAAG